GUCAACUGUGCGUCGUCAAAAAACCAGGAAGUGUUAAUCAGUACGUGGCCUUUUCAACUAGGACGGUAGCAGCAGGAUCCCCACUUCAUUGCAAAAUGGAACUCGAGGCCAUGACUAGAUACACCAGCCCGGUGAACCCGGCUGUGUUCCCCCACCUUACUGUGGUCCUGCUGGCCAUCGGCAUGUUCUUCACCGCCUGGUUCUUCGUUUAUGAGGUCACAUCAACAAAAUACACCAGGGACGUCUAUAAAGAGCUCCUGAUCUCCCUCGUGGCUUCACUUUUCAUGGGGUUCGGUGUGCUGUUCUUGCUACUCUGGGUUGGCAUCUAUGUAUGAAGGUGACUGACGUAAAAGAAUAUGAUACAUUCCAGUGGAACGCAGGACACGACUCACAACACGAACUGGAUUUUGGAUUUAAUUGGACUGCACUGACAAUAUUUUGGGAUCAUAUGGACUAUGGAUUUCAUUUCACAAGUAAAGGGGAUUUGUACAA